UUUCGAUAUUUUUAAAAUUUUUCGAACUUAGUUUUUAAUUUUUGACAAAGAUAGAUUUUUCUGGAAAAGUAUUUCUAUUCGUCCAAUUUCCACCGUCGAUCAAGAAACAAGAAAUAUAGAAGGGUAAGAUGGUCAAAUCACAACCAAGAAGCUCGAUUCGCUCGUCUUCUCUGCCGCCUCAUCUUCGUUUUCCCGCCAAUUUGUCUCGCACACUCACAGAGCAGCGCCUUCUCUCUCUCUCUCUCUCUCUCUCUCUCUCUCUCACACACACACACACACUCACUUUCUAACACACAUACACAGAAACACAAAAUCUUCGAGAGUAGCAUGGAUAUUCCCGAUCUAGAAGAGCUUCAAUGGCUGGAAUCCAACGCAUCAGACGAUCAGUUCGACGACGAUUUUGAACUUGAAACCGAAGAACCACCCCCUUCGCCCCCCUCAUCCGGCAACCCUCCCGAAAGACCAACUCUCUCCCUCCCACCAAAACCCUCACCUUUCAAACCUCAACCCGGUGCCAAUAAACGGGUCGGAUCCGAUCUCCCCAAACCCAUAUCAUUAGAUGUGGAAGACAACUACUACUACGACCUCGAUGAAUUUCUCCCCAAAGGAAAGAGAACCCGAAUCGGACAAGUGGAAGCCCCGAUGGAGAAACGGGUCGGGUCUAAAUGCCCAGAUGAAGUUCUAUUGAAUGAAAAUGUGGGCCCCGCUGAGAAUAAUGGAGGAAUUGAUGAUAAUGACGAGGAGGAGUGGCUAAGAUACUCACCCCCAAGAGAUACUGUGGAAGAGAUGGAGGUUGUCGAGGGCGAGAGAUUUUUGUCUAGAUACGCAACCGAGAUAGACGGCGAUUGUGUACCUGUGACGGGGUUGGAUGGGGAGAGGGUGUACGCUAAGAUACGCGGAGUUGAUAUUGACGACGAGGAGACGAAAAGGAAAUCGAGUUGCAGAGGAAACUUUAAUGGAUUGCUUGAGGAAUCUGUUAGAGUUCUAAUGGAAAAAGUUGAGCAAGAGGAGUUGACAAAGGCUUUGCAAGCGAGUGCCGAAGGUGUUCCAACUGAGGUUGUUCCUGAAAAAGCGCUAGUGACUAACGAGCAACUUUGGGUGGAUAAAUAUGCUCCAAGUUCAUUCACAGAGCUUCUUAGUGACGAGCAGACUAAUCGUGAGGUUCUCUUGUGGUUGAAACAAUGGGAUUCUUGUGUUUAUGGAUCUGAAGUUAAGAGUACGAUGGACGACGUUUUGUCUGCUCUGAGACGACAUUCGACGGGGUCUCAAAAUUCGAAGCAAUCAACCAAGAGUUAUUACGGAGGAAGAAACAGAGAAACCAGAUUCAGCAAAGAUACACUGAGGGUUCAUAACGAGGCGGAUAAAGACAAAAACAUUUCCCAAGGCAAUGAAGAGGUAUGGGACAAGGGGCAAAAAAGUUCCGGUCCUCCGGAACAGAAGAUUCUGUUACUUUGCGGUUCACCUGGGCUCGGGAAGACAACACUUGCACAUGUAGCUGCUAGGCAUUGUGGGUACCGUGUCGUCGAGAUUAAUGCAAGUGACGACCGCUCAGCAUCAACGAUUGAAGCUAAAAUCCUAGAUGUGGUUCAGAUGAAUUCGGUUAUUGCCGAUUCAAAGCCAAAAUGCUUGGUUAUUGACGAGAUCGAUGGGUCCCUAGGAGAUGGGAAGGGUGCCGUGGAGAUCAUUCUUCGAUUGGUUUCUGCUGAAAGAAAAAGUAAUACUGGCAAAGAAAACGCAUCUCAAGAAGCGCAUUCUGGUCAGAAGAGUUCUGGAAAGAAGCAAAAGAAACAUUUGUUGAGGCCCGUGAUAUGUAUUUGUAAUGAUUUAUACGCACCAGCACUAAGACCAUUGCGUCAGGUGGCCAAGGUUCACAUUUUCAUCCAACCAACUGUUUGUCGUGUUGUAAAUAGGUUGAAGUAUAUAUGUAAUAAGGAAGGAGUGAAAACGAGUUCCAUCGCUCUUACUGCACUUGCAGAAUAUACUGAAUGCGAUAUAAGAUCGUGCUUGAACACCCUUCAGUUCCUCAACAAGAAGAAGCAAGUCCUCAAUGUGUUGGAGAUAAGUGCACAAGUGGUUGGUCGGAAGGAUUCAUCAAAAACUGCUUUCGAUGUAUGGAAAGAGAUAUUCCAAAAGAGAAAGGGCAAACGGGACAGAAAAUCUAAUAAUUCUAGCAGCAGCAACUCCAAGGACUUUGAAUUUCUCUACUCUGUGAUAUCUAACCGCGGCGACUAUGACUUAAUAAUGGAUGGGAUUCACGAAAAUAUUUUGCAGCUCAAUUAUGUUGAUCCCAUGAUGCAAAAGACCGUAAAAUGUCUGGAUAAUCUGCUAAUUUCUGACAUUACUCAUCGAUACGUAAUGCGUACACAACGAAUGGCUCUUCAAGUUUAUCAGCCUCCAAUUGCAAUAUGCAUACACGGUCUCGUAGCUCAACUCGAGAGAAAAGAUAUUGAAUGGCCAAAGUCUUUCUACAGACAGCGAACGCUUUUGGCUGAAAGGGCAGACAUGUUCCAAACAUGGCACAACAGAAUAUCGCCGCAUAUUUCGAGGCAUUUGUCUACCAAAUCAUUUGUGGAAGACUCGAUUUCCCCGAUGCUGCAUAUUUUGUCACCACCUACCCUAAGACCGGUGGCGUUGCAUUUGCUUUCGGACAAAGAGAAGAAUGAACUGGGGCAGUUAGUAAAGAACAUGGUCUCGUAUGCUAUAACAUUCAAGAACGUAAAAUCUGAUCGCUCCGUUACUUUCAGACAUGAAGAUUCUUCAGAUGCAACCACACUUUCGCUCGACCCGCCCCUCAGUGAAUUUAUACAGUUCAAGGCUUACAAUUCAUGUCACGUUAAUCUUGCGUCAGCGGUGAAGCAGGUCCUGGUUCACGAGGUGGAAAAGCAAAAGAUUAUGCAAAGUAGCCUCUCCAAAUUUACCCAACUGCACACGGACGAACACGAUGCCUUGACAAGGAGUAACACCGAAAGUCGACUGCCGUUCAAAUCUACUAACACAAAUGGAUCUGCCGAGACGAAAAUACAGAAAUCAGGACUCUCUCUCUCAUCCAAAUCUGCUAUCGAUGAAGUAAAAUCGGUUCAAAGGACAAAAAAACAUUCUGGUGUCCAGACUGAUUACUUUGCUCGGUUCAAAAAGGUCAAUAAAGAAGGUUCUCAAAUUACGAACAAGGUUGCGCAGAAGUCUUGUAUAGCGCAGAGAGAUUCGCACCCUUUGCUGUUCAAGUUUAACGAGGGCUUUACAAAUGCAGUCAAGAGACCAGUACGCGUACGCGAAUUCCUUCUAUGAUCUAAUAAUACAGCUUACUCCAAACAUUGUAUUGCAUAUAGUUUAGCUUUUCUUUCAAUAGUAUCAAGUGUUUUCUUCUUUUGCCCAUACAGUAUCAAGUGUUAUGCAGUACAAGUUACUGGAUAGUCGAACAAAAUCACAAAUAAAUUGUAUAUUAUUGAUAAGGAACGUCAAAUCGAAUUCGAAUUGCAAAAUAACUAUUUAAUUCAGAAAA